AAUGAUCUAAUAAUUGAGUAUUAUUCUAGUGAACUAACUGUAUAGAAGAAAUAUGGUCAAAUACUGCCACAAGUCUGCAUUUUACGAAAAAGUAAACUACAGAAGUAGAAAGUAGAAUCUGAUAAACAUUCUAGAAGCGAUAGCAUCUCAGGUUAAACGAAGAAACCCAUCUGGAAAAAGCCACAGCUAUCUUGAGCUCACUGUAACUACUAGCAAGUAGAUAGGGUAUAUUUUGAUACAUUAAUUCAUAUCUUAGAAUAAUUCAGACAGUUUCUGA